AGCUGAACCGAACAGAAGAUGUUAGCGUGAUUGUGAGUGGAAGAAUCUGUGCGACAUGGUGCGUAGACGACAUGCUGACUCUAGUGCUUCGCUCGACUGUUAGCUGAAAUUGGAGUUUGUACAAUUGUAGGCUAGACAUGGGAUAUACGGUGCAAGUGAUGAGUCGGUAAGUUUUUCAUUAGACCAAAGUGCCGGAACUGAGUAACUCGAACGAACUGCAUAUAGAUUAAUUUAGCAUCCGACCAAAAACUGUUAUUUUACGGGAUGAUUUAGGACAAAAAUUAUCAACGUUAAGUUCCCAAGCAUCUUUUCAAAAUUCCGUGGUUCCACCAAAUCAUGAUGCCGUUGGCACCGACUCCUAUAGCGGCGGUCCCCUCCAAGCCCAAGAUAGGGUUCUCGAUAGACUCUAUAGUCGGGGGUGGUACCAGGACACAGUCCGCGUCCCCCAGGAGUGAUGGCGAGAACAGUAAUCAGUCAGUGUUAUCCGAGAGUCCCGUGGGAUCUCCGCACCAGGAGGACGGUCACCAUAGGACGACAGUACACUCGCCGCCGCACCAUCCCGGGUCCUCGCCCUCGCCUAGCUUAUCGUCCGCCGCCUCGCCGACCCUGGACCCCGGCAGGACGUCCCCAGGGCCUCCGACGAUAGUGCGACCCUCGGCGCUACCUCCGGGUGCGCUACCACCCUUCUCCAAGUCCUCUCUGUACCUGCCGGAUCAUCUGGUCCACGGACACCACCAUCAACUCGCCCUCGCCGCCGCCGCUGCCCAACACUUCCAGGCCGCCGGUCUCGCAGCCGCCCUCGGCAACGGCUCGUUUCUGCCCCCGGGCGCCCCUCAGGUGCCGCAGCCCAACGGCGCCCCCCAGUCUGGACCUCAACUGCUGCCUCCGAGCCAUCACCAUCCCCAGCCACCGCGGGACACCUACCCUCUCUAUCCCUGGUUGCUGUCUAGGCAUGGCGGCAGGAUAUUCCCGCAUAGGUUUCCAGGAGGUCCCGACAUCCCAGGGUUUCUGCUGCAGCCGUUCCGCAAACCCAAGAGGAUCCGCACGGCGUUCAGCCCCAGUCAGCUGCUCAAGCUUGAACACGCCUUCGAGAAGAACCACUACGUGGUCGGUGCAGAGAGGAAACAACUGGCACAGUCGCUGUCCCUCACUGAGACACAGGUGAAGGUUUGGUUUCAAAACCGAAGGACGAAACACAAGCGAAUGCAGCAAGAGGAGGAGGCGAAGGCUCAGCAGCAGGCGGCAGCGGCAAACAAAAACUCUCACCACGUCAAUAAGUGGAAACAGGAGACGUCAGCACAUCAGCAGCCUCAGCAGCAGCAGCAACAACAGCAGCAGCAGCAACAACACUACCAGCAGCACAUGCAGAGGCACAUGCGGGACUCAGCAGACGGCUGCUCCUCGGGCUCAGAGACCUAGACUGUGACUGUGCUGAACUACACUAGCGUUAUGUGUUCCUUCCAACAUCCAAUGAACCUUUGUCUGGGGUGCAUUGUGUAACUUACUUCAUAUGUUUAUUACAAUUGUAAACGUGAAUGCGACUACUUAACUUAUUCGUUGACGCUGUGAUAUUUGAACGUUCUUCAACACAUAGAAAAGUAGAAAAGGGAUUGUGAAAAGUAAUAAGCUUUAUAAACGAUUUAUGGGGAUUAGUAAAUGUGUUGGGAAGCUGUGGUGCAGAAUGUACAGUUACUUUCCAAAUUUAGUAUAAUCCUUCAAUGUUUUAUUCACCACACGGUCGAGAUUUGUAAAAACCACAUAUCGGAUUCAAUUUCUGGGAUAACUUUGAAACUGCCUUGUUUAUUAAAUCUAUAAACUUGUUAGGGGAGUAUAAUAGGUUGAAACCUCUUUCUACAACUUAGUUAUGGGUCUGUUCUUUUAUCGACAUGCAGUGCAAAUUACGAAGCAUUUAAGCUAAAUUCCCAAGGAAAGAUGGCAACUUUUAACUCAAGUGUUCAAGUCCCCUUGAUAGUUAAGUUUCAAUUAUGAAAUUCAUCUCGAACUUAGGGGUUUUUUAGGACACCAUAUAUUUUCUAACUUGUUCUAAAUGUUCAACCUAAUGCUGGAUCGGAAGCCUAAUUUAUUUUGGCGUGUCCUUAAUAUUUGUUAAAUCUGUAAUUUUAGUGGUACAGUUUAAAACUUGGUGAAAAUCCUAUUACUACAUAAUCAUCAAACAAAUAUGCAUUUUGACUAAAUGUCACUAAUAAUUAAGUAUGAUUAGGUGCCCGCGCAUCUGCAAAUAAUCGAUAUAAAUUUAGUUGUUUUUUUUACUUAAUUGUGUAAAUGCCUAACAUAAGUGCAACGCUUAUGAUGUGUUCGUCCGGGUAUUUGUUGUUGACCUAACACUGGAAACGAAAUAUAUAAUGAAAUAUGCUUCAAAGUUCCUAUCAAUAACGGCAAAAGUGUAAACAAUUGCCUCUAUUGCUCAUCUUUAUGUACUUAAAUAAGUGAAAUAUAAAUCUGAAGUAUGACAUAGAAAUCUUCAAUAAAAUAUCAAUAUAAAUACGUGUUUUUCUUUAGUAAUCAUAUAUUGGUUUCAUUUGUGAAUUUAUUUGGUUCUGGUUUUCGUAAAUUGAUCAAACAGACUUCAGAAUCGUAGCAAUUAUUAAAAAACUAGAAAAUAGAUUUUGUAUAAACUGUCAGUCAGUUAUACAACUUCAGUUCAUAAGGUAUGUUUAAACGGAUAAGUAAAUGUAGGUAUGCCAAGUUGUUAUCCGUUAAUAUGUUUGUGGUUACUAAGCUUUUCGUGUUAAAAACAGUAAGGCCGACUCAAUAUUUUAUAUAGGAAUCUAAGGCGAUGAAUAUAUUGUAAAUAGACUAACCUAGUCCGAUGUAUUGUAUAUUUGUAAUUACUCGUAUUUAGAGUGUAUUGUAUUUUAUUUAUUGCGACUGCUACCGGUGUUAGGUUUAAGAUCCUUACCAAUACAAAAUUUAAAGAUAUGUGUACGCAUUUGUACAUGUACAAAAGAAUUUUAAUUAGUUUUCAUGUUUAGCUGUCAAGUUACUGCAUAUUAAAAGUUAUCGAAGGUGAAAACCGAAUAGUAGUACAUUAUUAAGUUAAGUUGUUUUCUAUGAUUGCUUUAAUUUAAUUUUACAAAACUUAUUUCAUUUUAUAACUCAAAGUUACUGAUGUAAUACUAAGCUAAUACUCUGUGCCAAAUAGUAAAAAAACAUUACAAUGUUUGAUUUUAUUCGCCUUUAAAAAGCACAUGCUGCUACCCAUUUUUAAAUAAUAAACGUUGUUUUAAUAUGUACAGAUAAAAGUUUUAAGUACUUUAUCGUCCAUUAAUGAGUUAUUUACACGUUGAAAAUUAGAAUAAUAAAUUGUAAUUCAAACCGUAAGGAUCAACAUAUGAUAAUUAUUUCAAAUUUUGUAAAAUGCAAAUUCAACAGAUGUUUUUGAUAUCCUUAUUCGGGAAAACUACAUAAUUUAUUAAAAGUUGAACUGAUAAAAUUGUAAUGUUUAAUGAAUUUUAUAGAACCGUAAGAUUGUAUUUUUGUAUAUAUAUAAAGUUAUCAAACAUGUGAAUUUACUGUACAGUGUACGUGUAUAAAUUAAACUUUUACGUAAGUCAAUGUAUGUAUGUACAAUGUAAUGUCGAACAAUCCGUAUGAUAUUGUUUUUUAAAUGUAAAUUAAACACAUCUAUUCCUAUCA